CGUGAAUAUGACUCACGAGAAAGAUGUAUGAAAGUUGGAAGAUUUGUUGAGCAUAUAAGGAUCCUCACUCCUCCAAUUAUUUUGAGAAGCACAACACACUAUGGCUAACUAUGCUAUACCCUAUGUGUUGAUACUUCUCUUGAACUUGAGUACUAUACUCAAUGUCCUUGCUUGUCCUUAUUGUCCAUACCCUUCUCCUAAACCCCCAAAACACCAUCCUCCUAUUGUUAAGCCACCACCAGUUCACAAACCUCCUAAACCAACACCUUGUCCUCCCCCAUCAUCAUCACCUAAACCACCUCAUGUUCCAAAACCACCCAUUGUGAAACCACCAAUCGUGAAACCACCGAUCGUGAAACCACCGAUCGUGAAACCACCGAUCGUGAAACCACCGAUCGUGAAACCACCGGUCGUGAAACCACCGGUCGUGAAACCACCGGUCGUGAAACCACCGGUCGUGAAACCACCGGUCGUGAAACCACCGGUCGUGAAACCACCAAUUGUGAAACCACCAAUUGUGAAACCACCCAUUGUGAAACCACCCAUUGUGAAACCACCCAUUGUGAAACCACCGAUCGUGAAACCACCUAUUGUGAAACCACCCAUUGUGAAACCACCCAUUGUGAAACCACCUAUUGUGAAACCACCCAUUGUGAAACCACCCAUUGUAAAACCACCAAUUGUGAAACCACCCAUUGUAAAACCACCAAUUGUGAAACCACCCAUUGUAAAACCACCAAUUGUGAAACCACCCAUCGUGAAACCACCAAUUGUGAACCCACCGAUUGUGAAACCACCACCACAUGUUCCACUACCUCCAACUGUACCACCAACACCAACACCACCAGUGAUAACUCCACCAACACCAACACCACCUAUUGUGACACCACCAACACCAACACCACCAGUGAUUACACCACCAACACCACCAGUGGUUACUCCACCAACACCAACACCACCAGUGGUAACUCCACCAAUACCAACACCACCAGUGGCAACUCCACCAACACCAACACCACCAGUGGUUACUCCACCAACACCAACACCUGUACCAUGUCCGCCACCAGCACCAGCACCAGCACCACCACCAGAACAACAAAGUUGUCCAAUAGAUGUAUUGAAGUUGGGUGCAUGUGUUGAUGUGCUUGGUGGUCUAAUACAUAUUGGAAUAGGUGGUAGUAGUGCUAAACAAACAUGUUGUCCAUUGCUUCAAGGACUUGUGGAUUUGGAUGCUGCUCUUUGUCUAUGCACUUCCAUUAAACUUAAGCUUCUUAAUAUCAACCUUGUUAUCCCCAUUGCUCUUCAGCUUCUCAUUGACUGUGGCAAAAAUCCACCUGAAGGAUUUAAGUGUGCAUCCUAAUUAUCAUAUAUAUUUAUCUUUUUGAGGAAUUGCAUGAAUUAAUUAAAGCUUGCUUGGAAUAAGGUUAACAAGAUGAAAGAGAUGUAGUCUCGUUCAAGUUGUUGGAUACCAGAAAUUAAGGCGAAGAACAUAGUAGUAUAAUAGUAGUAUUAGUAGAUGGUGAUGGGGAAGAAUAUAAAAUUUUCUGAUCUUCACCAAGUUAGUAGUCAUGGUCAUGCAUUAAUUAUGACAUACCUUUUUUAUUUUUAAUUUAAAAUUAUAUUUUGUUUUUGUCUCUUUGUUUCAUUGCGUGUGUGGCGCUGUGUGCAUGUCAGCGUUUGUAACUUCACCCGUGAGUACCUUGGCGUUCAUAUUUAGUAUAUUUUUCUUCAUCUUAUAUCUUAUGUUACACGUUUCUUUUAGUAAUUUCCACUUCAUUUUAUGAUC